CACGACCCAGCUCAGCCAUUGCAGUAGUAGAGAGUCUCCUAUUGCACACCCCUCACACAUACACAUAUUCACACAAAAAGGCACCAUGGCUGGCCCCGAAGUGCACCACCUCUUCCAUUCGCCCAUUGCGGAUCAUUCCUUCUCUGCCGACCGCCAGACGCUGGCCGUUGCCCGCGAGAACAACGUCGAUGUCUUCCAGCGAAGCGGCAGCGGGUACAAGCUCAAGGACGAAUUGACGGGCCACGACAAGACGGUCACGGGCGUGGACAUUGCACCCAAUUCUGGCAAGAUUGUAACUUGCUCGCAGGACCGCAAUGCCUACGUGUGGGAGCCUUCGCCCCAGGGCUGGAGGCCAACGCUGGUGCUUCUCCGUAUCAACCGUGCUGCUACCUGCGUCCGCUGGGCGCCCUCGGAGACCAAGUUUGCCGUGGGAUCGGGUGCUCGAUUGAUCCCCGUGUGCUACUUUGAGGAGGAGGACAACUGGUGGGUUUCCAAGCACCUCAAGAAGCCCAUCCGCUCCACAGUUUCGUGCGUUUCGUGGCACCCCAACUCGGUCCUGCUGGCGGCGGGGUCUACCGAUGGACACGCUCGCGUGCUCUCGUCCUUCAUCAAGAACGUCGACGAGCGGCCAGAGCCCUCGGCAUGGGGAGAACGCUUGCCUUUCAACACAGUCUGUGGCGAGUUCCUGAACAACACGGCAGGCUGGGUUCACAGCGUCGCCUUCUCGCCUUCGGGUAACGCCCUCGCCUUUGCCUCGCACGACAGCACCCUCACCGUCGUGUACCCGAGCGGUCCCGAGCAAGCACCUCGUGCGAUUGUUAGCGUCAGCACGCAGGUGCUGCCUUUUAUGUCGCUGCUGUGGAGUUCGGAGGACGAGAUCAUUGCGGCUGGAUACAACUGCGAGGCGUUCCGUUUCAAGGGCAACGAGUCUGGCUGGCAGCUGACUGGAAGUCUGGAGACGAAGAGCCGGCCUGGUCUUGCCGACCAGCGCGAGGAGAGCGCAUUGAACAUGUUCAGGCAGAUGGAUCUCAAGGGCAAGUCGGGCACGGAUGACACCAAGCUCAAGACUGUGCACCAAAACACCAUCAACACGAUCCGCAGCUUCCAGGAGAGCGGAAGCAAUGUCAGCAAGAUCAGCUCGACGGGUGUAGACGGAAGGGUUGUCAUCUGGACACUGUAGACAUGACAGCAAGCUGCAAGAGUAGUUACAUAGAUGCAAGCAAGCAAGAUAAAUAUCAAUUGCAAUUCCC